AUGUCUAUCCUAAAAACACUGGAGAUUUUCGACGAUCACUACCAUUUUUCACAUCACACAGUCUCCAAGCGUUCACUGACGCCCUCGGUGCCGCAUCAGACGCGCUUGGAUAAUGACGAGCGGGUACAUUGGGCCAAGCAACAGCAGGCCAAGUCACGUCGGAAACGUGACUAUAUACGCAUGCGGCCGUCACGAACAUCGUCGCGUGCGCUUUCACAGGUGGAUACAGUUCCUUUAAACGACCCAAAAUGGGCGCAAAUGUGGUAUCUGAACCGCGGCGGCGGCUUGGAUAUGAAUGUGGUGCCCGCUUGGCAGGCGGGCAUCACCGGCAAAGGUAUUGUGGUGACAAUACUCGACGAUGGUCUAGAAUCGGAUCAUCCCGAUAUCGAGCACAACUAUGAUCCCGACGCUUCCUAUGAUGUCAACAGCCACGACAAUGAUCCAAUGCCGCACUAUGACAUGACCGAUUCGAAUCGUCAUGGUACGCGUUGCGCUGGUGAAGUGGCCGCCACCGCCAAUAACUCAAUCUGUGCAGUUGGUAUUGCAUUUGGCGCCAGUGUUGGCGGUGUCCGAAUGUUGGAUGGCGAUGUGACGGACGCCGUCGAAGCGCGCUCCCUGUCGCUCAAUCCGCAACACAUCGACAUCUAUAGCGCGUCAUGGGGGCCGGACGAUGAUGGUAAAACCGUCGAUGGUCCUGGCGAAUUGGCGCAACGCGCCUUCAUCGAGGGUGUGACGAAAGGACGUCAAGGCAAGGGUAGCAUUUUUAUUUGGGCUUCGGGCAAUGGUGGGCGUGAGUUUGACAACUGCAAUUGUGACGGCUAUACGAACUCCAUUUGGACACUGUCAAUAUCUAGUGCCACCGAAGAGGGUCAUGUACCCUGGUAUUCGGAGAAAUGCAGUUCCACAUUGGCGACUACGUACAGUAGUGGCGGCCAGAGUGAGAAGCAGGUGGUGACGACAGACUUGCAUCACUCGUGUACGGUCUCGCAUACGGGUACCUCGGCGUCGGCGCCAUUGGCAGCCGGUAUAGCUGCGUUGGUGCUCGAAUCGAAUACGAAUUUAACGUGGCGUGACUUGCAACACAUUGUGGUGCGUACAGCGAAACCAGCAAAUCUACGGGAUCCAACAUGGUCGAAGAAUGGUAUCGGCCGGCGUAUUAGUCACUCAUUUGGUUAUGGUCUAAUGGAUGCGGCUGCUAUGGUGAAAGUGGCGCGUAAUUGGAAAACUGUGCCCGAGCAGCAGCGUUGCGAGAUAAAUGCGCCACAUGUGGACAAAGUCAUUCCACCCAGAAGUUAUAUCACAUUACAGUUAACUGUGAAACACUGCUCAUCCGUCAAUUAUCUGGAACAUGUUCAGGCGAAAAUCACAUUAACAUCACAACGUCGCGGUGACAUUCAACUGAAUCUGAAGUCACCGGCAGGCACCAAAGUUACUUUACUUACAUCACGUGUUCACGAUGUCUCUCGCUCUGGGUUCAAUCAAUGGCCCUUUAUGUCCGUCCAUACUUGGGGUGAGUCACCGCAUGGCGACUGGCAGCUGGAGAUACACAACGAGGGUCGAUAUAUGGGUCACGCCUUACUCCGCGAGUGGUCGCUGAUAUUCUACGGUACCACGCAGCCUAUCGACCCCAACGACCCCGUGUCUACGCCGCGCUCCAAUUCCGCCGAGAAUACAACGCCCAAUUCGAAUGCGGCGAGCACCACAACGAACCUCCAUCAGAUCUACUCGCCGCAAUAUCCGCGCAUCUCAUCCAACAACAUUGCCAACAACAAUUUGGCGACGAAUGUUGUCGGUGCCAUCAACGCCAUGCCGGGUGGGGGCGUAAAAAUUCCCAUUAAAUUACCAUCACCAUUGAACAAGUCGGUUUACACAGCCGCGAAUGGCGCAAAUAAUCCGCUGCUGAAUGUCGCGACUGGAAGUAGUAAAAAGCAACAACAACAACUGUAUAAACAACAACAGCAAACACAGCCGCCGAGUUAUCAACAGAUUUCAGCGACCUAUGGUGUCAUAUUGGGCUCGCAGAGCGGGAAGGCGGGCAAGAACGGCAAAGGGAAGGGAAAGUCUGGAGAAAAGGGUAGCGGCAAGGGAAGCGGGAAUGGCGGUGGCGGUGGCGGUGGUGGUAACAAAUCUGCAUCCAACAAAAAAGAACAGACUACAGCAACAAAUACGAAGAAUAAAUUCUACCGCAUAUCACAACAACAGCAACAAAGCGGCAACGGAAAUGGCAAGUCGAACGGAAAAUCAUCACAACAAGGGGGGCGCAUAAAAGCGCAAUCGGCGGAACGUUUACAGAGCUAUGACGACAAGAUGAGCCGCAAGGUUAUUGGGGAAAUAACAACAACAACUACAAGCAGUGCUAACACCAAUACAAAAAACUAUAACGCAUAUGGCAGUGGUAGGACUAAGGUCAAAUCCGACCCGGAGGGUGCGACUGCUCUUGCGACCCCCGGUUCGAGCACAACGAAUGUCGCAUCAAAAACCGCGUCCACGCAGAUGUCGAGCUACGCAAAGCUGCCCGUUAAAGCGACCAAACAAAUCAAAGAAUCGUUGCUGCCAUUGCAAACGCACGAAAAACUUACGGUUGCCUCUUUCACCGAUACGCGCAUACCGAAGCUCUUCGAACGUUACGAGAAGAUACAGGCAAUAUUUCCAGAAUUCCAGCCAUAUCAGGGCCCAAAAGAGAAGGAUACCACAGCGGCGGCGGCAGCAGCAGCCGCAGCAGCGUUAGCUGAAAAACGCAAACUAGCCGCUGCUGUGGCCAUUUCACCAUUGGAUUAUGAGGCAGAGACCUUUAGACCGAUGUUGGGUCCAAUGAAUAGUGAUGCCAGUGGCAAUGGUAAUAGCAACGGUAUCAGCGGGUCGAAACCAUCACGUGAGAAUGCAAAGAAGUCUUCGCCGAGUUUUGUGCCCGAUCAGAAGAUUAUCAAGAAGCAGCAACUGCUGCUUGCGGCAGCCGGUGUGAGCGGCGGCACACAGCGCCCGAUAGGUGGGGUGCUCGGUGUGUUGCCCAAUCGCAAGGGGAGCAGCGACAGUAGCAGCAGCAACGCGCAAAUCACACAAUGGGACUUGAUUUUCUAUGGCACUGAAACACCCGCCCAACCGGAAGACACAGUCCACAUUAGCGAUGGUCUAUUUGGCAAUGAUAUGGGCCACAAUGACAUCGAAUACGAUGCUAAUUUACAAUGGCGAAAUAUGCAGCAGGUUGGUGAAUCGAGUGCGAUGGCCAAUGAUAAGACGAAUACGUCCUGCCUGAAGGCGACAGCCGACCAAAGAUGUUUAGGUUUGUGUUUAAUUUUCAUUUUAUUAACACAAUUACUAUUAAACUGCAACUUCAACAACCACAACAACAACAGCAACAACAAAAGUGGCAAUAGAUAGAUACAGUUAACCAAAAACAAGUAACAAAACAAAGAACUAAAACCAGAAAUCUAAAAAUUCCGAUAAGAACGCAAAAGCUGUAUAAAAUAAACUUGUAAAUUAAAGUAGAAAGCCAAAAAGUAAAACAGCAAAAAGAAAAAUUGCAAAACAAAAAUUUAAAAAUGAAAAAUGAAAAACAAAAA